UCUCUCUCUCAUUUGCCUGCAAGACUUGCAAUUCCCCAAACCCUAGAAAUCUCUGCCUCUCUGUCUUCCUCCCAUUUUCCCCAUCUGCAAGUGUUCGCUUGCAGAGGCUAAUUCCGCGUUCCCUCUCUCUUUCCGCAUCUCGAAGCCCGAUUAGCUGCCCUCUCGUCUCCGUAAUUCCUGCAAAUCCUCUGCAAUUCGAAUCGUUUUGACCUCCGAUGGCGCACGGAAAAGUCAGUCUCCCUCAAGAUCUCCUCCCCUCGAAUCUGGUCGAUUCACACUUCUCCGCCAAAGAUCAAGUUGCCUCAGACAGCAGCAUCCCUUUAUCUCCACAAUGGCUAUAUGCCAAACCAGAUUCCAAGACACUAGCAACUGGAACGUCAGGAGAAGUGCAUGCAAAUGAUUCUCUGUCUCAUGCAAACUCAACUGAUCCCAAUUCGAGAGACAUUUGGCGUGUAGAUGGAUCUCAGGAGAAAAAAGAUUGGAAGAGGAAUGCACCUGAUUUAGAUGGUAGUCGCCGCUGGCGUGAAGAGGAGAGAGAAACAGGCUUACUUGGUAGGAGAGAUCGAAAGAAAGAAGAUCGCCGUCUAGGUGCUAGUUUGACCAGGGAUAAUACUGAGACUAGAGCAGAAGAUCGCCGUGUAGGUGCGACUACAACUAAGGAUGCUGCAGAGAAUAAAGUAUUGUCUUCUGACCGCUGGAUUGAAUCCCGAAGAGAUAACAAAUGGUCAUCAAGGUGGGGGCCUGAAGAUAAAGAGAAGGACUCGCGAAUAGAGAAAAAGACUGAUGUUGAGAGGGAAGAUGUACAUGUCGAGAAGCAGUCUUUUUCCAACAGCAACCGUGCAGCUUCUGAGCGUGAUAGUGAUUCUCGUGAUAAGUGGAGGCCGCGUCAUCGCAUAGACGGUCAAUCAGCUGGGGCAGGCCCAUAUCGUGCUGCACCAGGAUUUGGGAUGGCUCGAGGGCAGGUAGAAAAAGUAGGAUUUGCUGCUGGACGAGGGAGGUCUAACACUAAUGGAAGCCUACAGAUUGGCAAACUUGUACUAGGAAAAUCUGGCCGUUUUGCCAAUAUGUAUUGCUAUCCCAGAGGAAAGCUCCUUGAUAUUUAUCGCAAGCAAAAGAAGGAUUCGACUUUUGAUAUGCCUGAUGGGAUGGAGCAUGUAUCACUAACCCAAGUGGGCUUGAUUGAGCCAUUGGCUUUUAUUGCCCCUGAUGCAGAGGAAGAGGCUGGUCUGGGUGACAUAUAUAAGGGAAGAAUUACUAGCAGUGAAGUGGUAUACAACUCGUCUGGGGACGUGAAUGUAUUAGAUGAAGAUGCUAAAGGAUCUAGCAAUGUCAGUUUAAGCAAGGAGGAAGGAAAAAAUGUCCAAUCUGCUGAAAAGGUCAACUUAAACAAUUCUUUUCCGGUUACUGGUGCUGAGUCACCUAUUUGUGGCUCACAAACACAUAUGUUAAAAGAAUGUGUUGCUACUGAAGGUGAGCAAAAAGUUCUGACGGUCACAGCAGUGGCUGAUAGGGAGAUUGAUCCCAGUAAUGAUGACGCUGACUUAAAAAGUUCAAGAUGCCAGGAGCAAACCGCAAGCAGUGAUCAUCACUAUUUGAAGAGCAAUGAGGACGUCUAUCUCUUGGAAAGAAUUGUCACACCUGAGGAUAUGAGUUUGUGCUACCUCGAUCCUCAAGGGAAUAUCCAAGGACCUUUCCUAGGGAUCGAUAUAAUUGCAUGGUUUGAGCAAGGAUUUUUCGGAAUUGACUUGCCAGUUCGUUCAUUUGAUGCGCCCAAUGGAUCUCUUUUUCAAGAACUUGGUGAAGUGAUGCCACAUCUGAAAACUAAAUUUGAGCCCGUCUCUAAUUCUAGUUUGCCUACUCAAUUAGAGCCAUCGGAUGCUGUUGGAGGCAGCUUGGGAGAGAGAACAUCUGCUCCUAACUAUGAUGGGGGGUCCGCUAUUGUAAACAAUCAAGGCAUUCAGAAUGUUGUAGCAGAAGAUGAGGAAAUUGUAUUUCCUGGAAGGCCUAAAAGCAGCAGUGAUUGCCUAUCGAGGUCUUCAGCUGACAUUCAUGGCUUAUUUGCAAAUCCUCCCAGCCUUCAUUCCCUUGCAAAUGAAGUUUCAAAAACUAGCGUGCCUGAUCAGCAGGACGAUAAGUUGCAUCCUUUUGGCCUGUUGAUGUCAGAGCUCAGAGGCAACUCACGUUUAAGGCCUGCUCAAUCAUCUCAUGCAUCUUUCGGCAUUGAUGAUCAGGUUCAUUUUAGAGAUGCCUUCUUUGAGGAAGGCGCCAUUAUUGCUAAUCAGAAUUCCCUUGGUGCCAUGAUUGAUCAACCUUGCUUUGUGGAGACACGGCCUGAUAAUUAUAUAAAAAAUAACACUAAUGUUAGUAUGGGUUCUAUAGAUCCUCACCAUUUAUCUCACAUGGGACAACAAAACAGUGGCUAUGACCCGGCAGAGCAUAUAAUGUCACAGCAAUUACUAAAAGAACGGUUUCAGCAGCUGAACUAUCUUUCUCCACUUACUCUUGCACAUAGUGCAGGAACAGGAGUGGACGGGUUCCCUGGAUUUGGUUUUUCUGACAGCAAGAACCCUAAUAUCCAGCCGUCAUUCCGUCAUCCAGUGGCAGAUAUGGAACAUAUUUUUGAAAUGCAGCGUCAGCAGCAGCAUGAGUUGGAGCUUCGUCAACAGCAACACCAGUUGGAGCUUCAGCAACAGCAGCGUCAGUUGGAGCUUCAGCAACAGCAGCAUCGGUUGGAGCUUCAGCAACAGCAGCAUCGGUUGGAGAUUCAGGAGCACCAGCGUCAGUUGGAGAUUCAGGAGCACCAGCGUCAGUUGGAGCUGCAGCGCCAGCAUCAGUUGGAGCUGCAUCACCAACGUCAAUUGGAGCUUCAGCAGCAACAGCGUCAGCUGGAGCUUCAGCAACAGCGUCACUUGCAGGAGCAGCUUCACCAACACCAAAUAAAAUUGCAGAAACAACAGAAAUCUCAAGCUCAACAUGUGCUCCUUGAACAGUUUUUGCAUCAACAAAUACCGGAUUCUGGUUAUGGGCAGUGGAAGGCGGAUGCUACAAGAGGCAACCCUUUCGAUCAAUUACAUUCAAGGAAGCACCUUCUAGAUGACUUGCACCAGAUCUCCCAUUCCUCAAGACACAAUCCAUUGUUAGAGCAUAUCAUCCAAGAAAAUAUAGGACGCUCAGGACAGACUGAUUUCUUUGACCUCAUAUCUCAGGCCAAGCAAGGGAAUAUGCACAUUUCGGAUCUGCAGGCACAGCAGUUGUCCGCAGCAUUGAGAGAGCAACUGCAGAUGGAAGGGGAAAGGCGUGUUGGUGGGCCUCGGUUUGUAGAUGAAGCAAGCCAAGUUGUUAGGAAUCCUGUUGGUCAUCACCAGGCUCAGAUGGUAGGAUUUAGCUCUUCAGAAAAUUACCAGCAACAGCAGAGGUUUCCCACCCAUGAACAGCAACUAAGCCAUCUCAAUUGGAAUCAUGCCACACGGGAGCAACCUCAGGGAGGGUUCUACGAACCUAACUCUGUGGAAUUUGAGAGGUCAUCUGUUCCUGCUAGUUCCCAUGCGAUGAACUUGGAUAUUCUGAGUGCUCGCAGGCUGGGUCUGGAUGAGUUUUAUUCUUCUCAUCCAGUUGGUUUGGAGCACUUGCCCUUUGGGAACAAUGGACAUCUGGAAGAUAGCUCCAUUGAAUCACUGCAUCGUCAUGCUGAGCAAAACCGCGACUCAGAAGCUACCAUGGCUUUUGUUGAUCCAGAUAUAUGGGCUUCAUCUGAUGGUGAUAAAGAACACUCAAAACAAUUUUUGAUGGACCUUCACCAAAAAUUCAGUCAAUCUAUACAGUUAUCAGAAGUUGAUUAUCAGCAUCACCUAUCGUCUUCUGGAAGCCGGGGAGAAUCUGUACAUCAUCCAUUUGAUCUUCUUCCUGAUCAACCAGUUGGUAUGAACAACUCCUUCACAGAAGGGCCUUUUAGAUCUAAUUCCAGAGCAUUUGUGGAAGAUUUAUCAGAGUUGGAGGGAAAUAAUUGGAAGAAACAGGGAGUGAAAAGCUAUGAAGGCAACAUGGGAGAACAAGAAGAAACAUCAAGGGAUCUUCGUAGUAAUGCCCAUAGCAGGCAGAGUUCACUUAGCAGUGCUGGUGGAGGUGGGAGUUUUUACAGCUCUGAGACAGGGAUAGAUAAACCACUUGGAGAAGAGGUUUCUAAUGGGAGACUGCCUUCUACUGUAACCAAAGGGUAUGACAAUGCUUUGAAUAGACGCCGAGUUUUAUCUUCCCAGGACGUUUUGUCUGAAGCAGCAGUUCCUUUACCUGUCAUACAAAGAAAUCCAGCUGCAACCCAGGUCUAUGAAACCCAAGCAUGUAGCAAGAAUGAUGCGCAAUUUAGGAGGACUUCAUCUUAUAGUGACGCAUCUGUGUCCGAGACAUCAUUCAUAGACAUGCUCAAGAAACCAGUCAUUUCAGAGGCUGAUGCAGCCAACAGAGCAGCUGCACUGGAGCCGUCUGAUGGAGGUGGCCAAGCGGGGCGGACUGGCAAGAAGAAAGGGAAGAAAGGAAGACAGAUUGAUCCAGCUCUCCUCGGCUUUAAGGUUACCAGCAACCGGAUCUUGAUGGGUGAGAUCCAUCGCCUUAACGAUUGACCCAUGUUGUACGACCUGUAAUGUUUUUCGUUCUCGGUAUAAAAACUGUACAGCUAAUUUAAGAGACAUGGUUACCUCAGAUUUUUUUCCCCCUUCUUAGUUUUCCAAUCCUCUGGAUUCCAAGGUAGAACAUUUACGUAGUUAAAGAACCGUUGCAGUCAUUGACCGGAUGUAUAGUGUAAUUGAGAAACAGAGUUCACUGACAAAUGUCAACUUUUGUACGACAGAAUCGUAAAUUUUAGUAGAAACCAGUUUCCCUUAA